AUGACACCAUCGAAACAGCAUAAUAUACGAUCACCACGGUUCACAUGUUGGCAUCCAUUAUUACCUGCAUUUUCAGCUCGAAUAAUAAUUGCUCUUCGUACUCUUAUAGGAAUUGCUGGUGUUGCUGGAUUUACUCUUUCACCUGUAACAUCGCAUUCAAUACAAGGUCAACUUCUAUUUGGCAUUAGUUUCAUAGUUGCAAUAAAAAGUACACUUGGUGCAACAAUUCAAACAGCUAUUCGUUUAUUUCUUGCUGGUGCUAUUUCUACUGCGUAUUGUCUUUUCAUUAUUAAUUUUUGUCCACGUAAUGCUUAUUAUGGUAUUGGUGCAACAAAUGUUCUUGUUCUUCUUAUUGUUUAUACUGAUUUGCCAAUUACCGUUCGGCGUUUUACGAUUAUACCAACAUGUAUUAUACUUUUACAAUGGUUUACUAAACCACAUAUAAAUACGUUUUUUGUACUUCAAAUUUGGACAUCUUUAACAAUUGGUGCUGCAUUAGCUAUUAUUGUUACAUGUAUUCCAUUACCAACUAUACCAACUGCUUAUCGUGAAUUAACGAUGCGUAUGAGAUUUAUAGCUCGACAAACAAGACGUGAAAUAACAGCAAUUGUUUUACUUAUAUCAGAAUAUCAUAAUGUACAUUUAAGUGAUGAAUAUGAUUAUCAAACUAAUAAAAACAAGGAAAAAACGAAUGUUUCAGAUGAUAAUGAUAAUGGUAUUGAAAUGCCAUCGAAUUCUUAUCGUCAAGAUGAUUUUUAUCAACAUUCAACAUCACUUGAAAAUUUGAAAGAUGAUCAUUUACUUAAAAGUGAUAUACAAGAUUUACUUUCAUUAGUUAGUGAUGAAGUAAAACAAAUGCAACGUGCUUUAACUGAAAUUUCAUAUGAACCAUAUUUUAUAUUAUUGAAAUUGCUUAAUCGAAUAAGAAAAUUCUUACGACAUAUUCCAUUUUUAAAAAAAUUCAUCAAAAGAGAUUCAACACUAGAAACACGUUUAUCAGUAUGGACGACAAGUUUUGCUUCUAUACAACGACAAAUUACUGAAUUGUUAACAUUAGAGCAACAUCAUCGUGCAUUUGUUGGUCAACAACAAUUGAUUAAUGCAAUAUGUCUUCUUCUCGAUUCAACAUUUAAUUUUUUGGAUGCAACACUUCCAUAUACAACAGCAUCAACGAGUUAUUUUAAUAAAGCACAAAUAAUUGCUUGUCGAACGCAAAUUGAAGAAUCACUUGAAGAUUUUUUUGAGACAUAUACACAAGUACGUGAAACUCCUCGUCAUUCAACAAUGUCAUAUACAGAUGCAAUUCGUUUAAAUACAUUUCUUCUACUUAUUUUACGUCUUGUACAUGCAACUAUAACUGCUGCUGAAAAAAGUAAAACUCCCGGUACUCAUUUUGAUACUGAUCUAGAUUCAACAGCAAAUGUACCUAAAACGAAAAAAUCAUUUAACUGGAAAAAACCUUUUGAUGAUCUUGCUGCUUAUAUUGGCCUAAGACCAUCAUUUGGCAAAUUAGUACGUUCAAUAAAAACAAGUUUAAGUGUACUUGUGUCUGCUAUUGUUGUUAUUUCAUUUCGUGAACGUUUACAAGCAUAUGAUUGGGUUCAUUGGGCACCGAUGACAACAGCACUUGUUUCUGAAUCAUCUGAAGGUGGUACACUUCGUCUAUCAUUUCAUCGUUUAAUGGCCGUCUUACUUGGUUCAACUUAUGCAUAUGUUAUUGUACUUGUCACACAAAAUCAUAUUGCUGUUGGAAUAUGUAUUUCUUUAUUUGUUGGACUAAUGGGAUAUCUUAAAACAGAUCCACGAAGAGAAUAUUUUGCUACUGUCUGUGCACAAUCAGCGUCAAUUAUAACAUUUCUUUCUAAUCGAACAGGACAAAUGAAUGCAUCAAAUCAAGCUGUUUUAGCUCGUACAAGUUUAACAUUUUUAGGAAUAUUUAUACAUGUUAUUAUUUCUAAUCUUCUUCUUCCAAUAACAGCUCGUGCAUUAAUUAAAAAAAAGGUAUCAGUUAUGAUUAAAAAUGUAUCUACUGCAUUAAAAUCAUCAAGUGAUAAUUUUUGUAUGUUUAUUGAUCCAUCAAUAACACAGCAAGAGAAUAUAGCAUCAAAUAAAGUACCAUUUAAUCUAAUGAAAACUCUAGCAGAAACCGAACGUAUUGCAGAUAGUUUUCCAGCUUUACUUAACGAAGCAUUAAGUGAACCAAAUUUUUGGAAACGACCAUUUAUACAAGUCAAAGAUCGUUAUGAUGGCAUAUCGAAAUCUUUACGUCGAAUUAGUGCUGAUAUUCGUUUUGUUCAUCGAUGUACAACAAUACUUGAAGCUGAAUCAAAAUUACAUUUUGCUCAAGAAGCAAAAUGGCAAAUGCGUCGAGCAAGUCUUGCUCAUGUUAAUACUGGUAUUGAUUCUCAACCAUCUCAUUCUUUGACAACAAGAGAAUUACGUAAAGAAAAAAAAUUACAAAAUGAUCUUGAUAUACCUUUAACAAUUUUUAUGACUUAUUCUCCACAAUCAGCACCAAGAUUUGAACAAAAAACUCUCAUAUCAAUUAAUUCAUCAACAUCAUUUCGUUUAGCUCAUACAACAUUAUAUCAACCUGUACUUGAACAUAUUCGUACACUUGAAAAUCAUAUUCAAAAAGUUUUAUCUUUAUCAGGACAAUUAAUUGAAAAACAAGCAGCUGUUGAUGUUGGAUCAUUUGAAUUACAUCAAUUAUGUCGUGAAGAUUCAUAUGAUGAACAACNUGAUAUACAACCCAUAUUUUAUUAA